GAGCUCCUCUUCGUCGGAUUCAACCAGGACUACGGGUGCUUUGCGUGUGGGACCGACACCGGCUUUCGGAUUUACAACUGUGACCCGUUCAAGGAAACUUUCCGUCGAGAUUUCUCGAGUGGGGGAAUUGGCAUCGUCGAAAUGCUCUUUCGAUGCAACAUCCUUGCGAUUGUCGGGGGUGGGCGAAACCCGCGCUACCCCCCGAACAAAGUCAUGAUCUGGGACGACCAUCAAAGUCGCAACAUUGGAGAAUUGAGUUUUCGGAGCGAAGUCAAGGCUGUAAAGCUCCGCCGCGAUCGGGUGGUCGUGGUGCUCCAAAACAAGAUCUACGUGUACAACUUCGCCGACCUCAAGCUGAUGGACCACAUUGAGACAAUUACAAACCCCAAGGGUUUGUGUGCGUUGUGCCCGAGCUCCACAAACACAGUGCUCGCCUGUCCGGGGGUGUCCCGCGGCACGGUCAGAAUAGAACUGUACGACCAGCGCAAGACAACGCUGAUUACAGCGCAUGAAGCCGAGUUGUCCCAGAUGGCGCUAAACCUCGAAGGAACUCGACUCGCGACGUCGUCGGACAAGGGUACGCUCAUCCGUGUAUUCGAUACGCAAAGCGGCCACAUCUUGCAGGAACUGAGACGAGGGGCGGACAAAGCCGAGAUCUACAGCGUCUGCUUCAGCCCGAACUCGCAGUACUUGGCGUGCUCGAGCGACAAGUACACGGUGCACAUCUUUGCGCUCAGUCAGGACGUGGCCGGUGCCGACGGUCUACCGGCACCUCCGCUGAAUGCGUCGCGGACCAACAGCGGGAGGUAUGCGUCGGGGGUGUUGACGCAGUCGGCGCCGAUCUCGAAAGAAGACGACAACACGGAGAAUAACAAGUCGAGCUUCUCGUUCAUGCGUGGACUCUUGCCCAAGUACUUUAGCUCGGAGUGGAGUUUUGCCCAGUUCAAGGUCCCCGAGACACGCACGAUUUGUGCCUUUGGGACCGACAAGAAUACGAUCCUCGUGGUCGGUGCCGACGGAUCAUUCUACAAGGCUGUGUUUGACGCGAACGGCGAAUGCGAACGCACGUCGUACUCCAAGUUCAUCCAAGCUGACGACGAGGACUAACGCGCCGAUCGUCGCUUCGCCGUCCCUUCUUUUAAUCUUUUACAUACAAGCAAGGUCCUCUGCCCCGUGCUAGUCUCC